GUCUCUCAUACCUGCUGCUGUUAGCAGUGUUAUUGACACAUUAGCUUUUACUUCCUAAUCUGUCCAUUUCUCCAACUUGAGUAGCAGAAUUAAUCUGUACAGUAUUUUCUGCCAUAAUCGUCCGAUCAAAUUGUUGCGACGAUUUUGCGACAGAUUAUGCGUUAAAUGCAUUAAUCAACAUUGAUAGAUGCGUGCUAUCUGAAUUAAUGUGGAGCGAUUAAUAAUGCAGCCAUUUCAAAAUCAGAUGACAUGAGACUUGUGUGUACAGUGAUGAAGAACUGCGAUAUUAUUAAUCGCCACGUAGGAUAUUUGCCGUCAGCAAAAACGAAAAAUGUUCGUCAGAGAUCCCUGUGGCAUCGUGUGCAUUAUCGUCACCUAUAUAGCAGUGUUUUACGCUGACUACGUUGUAGUACGAUGGAUCGUGUUACACACUAUGCAGGACAGUUUGUGGGGCCCUUUCCAUAUAAUAGCAUUCAACACUGUUGUGCUUCUUCUGAUGAUGGCACAUUUGAAAGCCGUUUGUAGUGAUCCUGGUAUAGUACCCUUACCGCAAAGUAGAAUGGACUUUUCUGACAUCCAUGCUUCCGGAGGAAAUGAUGAUCAUGAGAGUGAUGAGAAAGAUGAUUGGACAGUGUGCACUAGAUGUGAAACAUAUAGGCCACCUAGAGCACAUCAUUGCAGAAUUUGUAAACGUUGUAUCAGGAGAAUGGAUCAUCAUUGUCCAUGGAUUAAUAAUUGUGUUGGCGAGAGGAAUCAAAAGUACUUCAUACAGUUUUUGGUAUACGUUGGUGCAUUAGCUAUAUAUGCUAUUGUAUUAGUCAUUGUAUCAUGGAUCUACGAUUGUCCUCAGUGCAAUAAUGAUAUCACAAUGAAGCAAAAUCGCAUCUUACAUUGUGUGAUAUUAGUUUUGGAAUCGGCCUUGUUUGGUAUGUUUGUCAUAGCAAUUCUAGUGGAUCAGUUUCAAGCGAUUCUAGGCGACGAAACUGCUGUGGAACGUGUGCAAGGUAUACAACAGCGCUAUCACAAUAAGAAUACACCACGAACGUUUACGCUUCUAUCUCAAGUGUGUGGGAAAAGUCAUCCGAUACUUUGGUUAUUGCCUUGUCACAAUCCGCCGCGUUAUACCUUUAGAAAGGACGCAUACUUAAUUGAUCACGAAGUUUAAGAUUAAUACAUGAAGGGAGUGUAUUAUGUCUGCACGGUAUUUCCUUAUUUUUGUAUUAUUUUUUUACAACAAUUUAUUAAUAAUACAUUCCUUGAAUUAGUAUCUUAAUAUGCCUUUGUACGAAUUACUGACACGAUAUAAAUUUCAGAUGUAGUUAUAACAUUUCUACAGCGCGAAAAUAAAGUAUUUAUAUCCUGUCUAUAAAAAAGACUGCCAUUAUUAUUAUUAUUAUCAUGUAUGUAUUAUAUGCAUGAUAAUAAUAAAAUAUAAUAUACAAUAAUAUAUAAAUCAUUAUUAUUGUGUUACGAAAAAUUAUAAAUAUGUUACAUAUGAUUAUAUGUAUUCAAUCUGUGAAUCAACAGUAGCUUUAAUUAGUUAUGUUCAGACAUAUGUAGUAACAAUAUGUACACACGAUACUGUAAUCUAUAUAAUUAUAUCAAUAAACUAAUUUUUUUAUCUUUUAAAAUUGAGAUAUCUAAGGAUAAGUGAUAUUCCAAGUGAUAAAAAAACAGAUUUUUUUAUUUUAAAAUAAUUACUGCUAGGAGUGCUGUCUUCGCCUAAUAAUUUUUAUUUGCUGCAAAGGGUUGUAUUGUAGUAUUUUAGAAAAUAAACUUGUUAA